CCAUCUCGUUGGCCCACCGAUCUCGAGUAUCUCCGUUCCACGAGUUACGCGCCAAUGAUUCCUCUCGACAUACUGCAAUACAUCAAAGGCAAUGGUCCUACUACGCUGUCGACGACCAAGCCCCACGUCAUGAUUCGGCGCAUUGACAGCACCAUGCAUCCUGCACACGGACAAAUGGGCCUAUUUGCGAGUAAGAAGAUCCCGCCUGGCACGCGCAUUAUCGAUUACUUCGGCGAGGUACAUACGAACGAGCGUCCAAGCUCCGACUAUGAUUUGUCUCUGUACCGUGUGCACGGUGACGGCGGAGUUAUCGUCAAUAUUGAUGCUGCACGAAUGGGCAACGAAGCUCGUUUCAUCAACGAUUACCGUGGCAUAAGGCCGAAACCAAAUGCACUAUUCAAAGAAAGAAGAACAGAACAGGGUGAACUCCGAAUGAGUGUAUACAGCGCGGACAACGAAGCGAUUAAAAAAGGAGACGAGAUUUUGGUUUCAUAUGGUAAAGCAUGGUGGAAGGCCAGG